UAGGUAGCUAGCAGUUUCCGCUGUCGUCAUCAGCUGGCGACGGAUUCCGCGACUGGUACAAACGAAGCCACCGCGUUCGAAAGAAAUGGCACCAUCACCCACAAAGCGGAAGGAGGAUGAAAAAACUAAAGAUAGAGGCAAAGAAAAGACUGGUACCAAGGAAGGAGACAAGGAGAGGGGAAGGGAGAAAGUAAGGAAACGCCGCAGUGCUUCCUCUGGCAGCAGUAGCAGCAGCAGGUCUAGCUCAUCAUCCAGCAGCAGCUCUGGUUCAAGCUCUGGUUCCUCAAGUGGAUCCAGCUCAUCUGGUUCAAGCCGCUCCGGAUCCUCUACCUCUCGAUCCUCCUCCUCUUCAAGCUCCUCAGGCUCUCCAAGCCCCAACCGCAGACGGCAUGACAACCGCCGUCGCUCCCGCUCACCCUCAAAAAACCAGAAGAGAGGAGAUGAUAAAGAACGAAGGAAAAGAAGCCCCACACCCAAACCCACCAAGGUUCACUUAGGAAGGCUGACCAGGAAUGUAACCAAGGAGCACAUCCAGGAGAUCUUUUCUACUUAUGGGAAAAUCAAAAUGAUUGACAUGCCAGUUGAUAGGCUUCAUACACACCUGCCUAAGGGCCAUGCUUAUGUGGAGUUUGAAACCCCUGAGGAGGCCCAGAAGGCCCUUAAACAUAUGGAUGGAGGGCAAAUUGAUGGGCAGGAAAUCACAGCAGCUGCAGUGUUGCCUCAGCGAAUUCGCGCUAUACCUCGUAGACCGUCUCCUCCUCGCAGAAUGCCCCCACCACCACCAAUGUGGCGUCGCAGCCCACCACGCAUGAGGAGAAGGUCCCGCUCCCCAAGAAGGCGGUCCCCAGUACGUCGCCGCUCUCGCUCCAGAUCUCCUGGACGCAGGCGCCAUCGCUCUCGUUCCAGCUCUAACUCCUCUAGAUAGACAUGUGUUUUACAUUUAGGUACCACAUGGUCUCGUAGAUUCUUAAACCAGAUCAGCUGUAAUUUUGCUUUUCCGGACUCUGUGGACUCAACAGAAGUUAAAUAAUCUUCAUUGUCUCUCAUAUGAAGAGAAGAAGAGCAAAAGUGCUUAUCUUUACAUUUUGUUUCAGUAUUUUGUGGUAAGUUGAUUCUGUUUUUAUAUUGUUAUCUCUGAGAUCUGCAGAUGUGUUCUUUAAAUUGUGACUUCUUUUUACCUCGUAUUGAAUUUUUAGACCUUUUUGAAAAAUAAAAAUGCAGAAGCAUCAAGA